AUGGACGAGCUACUCGUAGCAGUACUCUCGAUGCUUCUAGUCGUUGCGUUGAUCCCACUCUACCUAUGGAAACGCCGUCAGGAUUCUCAACCUCCACCUCACCGCGACGAACCUCCUCAGGCUCCGCUGAGAGAAACCGUGGUGCGCUCCACCGCCACUCGUCGCAUGCGUCGCCGACCUGCGGCGUCUGGAGCUAGCACGUCGGCAGAUGCACCUGCUACGCUAGAAGAAUCUGCUGGUGAGAGUGACGAUGAAGCUGCUGGUGGAGGUUAUUAUGAGGCUAAAGCAUCAAAGAAAAAGGAAAUCAAAAGGCAAGAGAGGGAAGCACGGCGUCAGGCCGAUGAAUCUGCACGAGAGUCAAAGCAGGCAAAACAAGAUCGUUAUUCGGAAAUGCGGAGGUUGAAGGAUGAGGAGCAUGAGGCACAGGAGCGUAAGUUGGAAGAAGAAGCCAAAGCUCAGAAGGCUAAGGAGGAGGAGGCUGCUGCAUUAGAAUUUGAGAAGUGGAAAGGUGAAUUUUCGGUUGAUGACGAAGGUACCCUUGAAGAAGUGCAAGAUAGUGUUGAAGACUUGCUAGCCAAUUUUGUUGAAUAUAUAAAGAAGCACAAAUGUGUUCCCUUAGAAGAUCUUGCUGCAGAAUUUAAAUUGCGAACACAGGAAUGUAUCAAUCGCAUCACAUCUCUGGAAAGUAUGGGUCGGCUUUCUGGUGUUAUGGAUGACAGAGGGAAAUUUAUUUACAUCUCCCAAGAAGAGAUGAAAGCUGUUGCUGAUUAUAUUAAGCGGCAAGGGAGGGUUAGCAUUUCCCACUUAGCAAGUAAAUCAAAUCAGUUCAUCGAUUUAGAGCCUAAAGCGCAGUACACUGAGGGCAUUAAUAUUGGGGACGAGAUCACUGUCAACUGA